AAUGAUACGAUGAAUGAGUUGAAUAUCAACAUAACGCCCGUCACUGAUGACACCAUACCGUCCAAUACUGCCGGCGCUGUCGGUGGUGUCGGUGUCAGCAACCGAUCCCUACUGACCACCGCCUCUGGUCUACACCCGGGGGCUACGGGUGGCGGGGGGUUAGGGUCGGCGUAUACCGGCGCCGGUCGUAAUGUGGGCAUCGAGGGGGGUGUUGGCGCCCGAGUCAUGCGAAACGCCAACGACUGGAAGUGGGCUAAACAGGACGGAGGCGAAGGACAUUUGGGAACCGUUCGUAACUUUGAGUCGGCCGAAGAGGUGGUGGUUGUCUGGGAUAACGGGACGGCCGCUAACUACCGAUGUCUGGGCGCCUAUGACCUGAGGAUUGUGGACAGCGCUUCCACCGGUAUCAAACACGAGGGAGCGAUGUGUGACUUCUGCAAACAGUCGCCCAUCUUCGGGAUCCGCUGGAAGUGCGCCGAAUGUAUUAACUACGACCUGUGCUCCCUGUGCUACCACUCCGACAAACACAAUGUGCGGCACCGGUUCUACCGGAUCCUAAACCCCGGCUCCGAGCGAGUGAUUAUUGAGCCGCGAAGGAAAGGCAAGAAAAUUGCAGUCAAAGGCAUCUUUCCCGGCGCCCGAGUAGUCAGAGGUGUCGACUGGCAGUGGGAGGACCAGGACGGAGGGAACGGUAAGCGCGGGAAAGUGACAGAAGUUCAGGACUGGUCGGCCGCCAGCCCUCGUAGCGCCGCGUAUAUCAUAUGGGAUAACGGCGCCAAAAAUCUAUAUCGCGUCGGCUUCGAGGGAAUGGCUGAUUUGAAAGUCGUGAGCGACGUGAAGGGCCACACCGUAUAUAGAGACCAUUUGCCACUACUGGGCGAACUGGGCGCCGGUAGGUCCAGCGUUCAUGGCUUCCAAAUUGGCGAUAUGGUGAACGUGGACCUGGACCUCGAGAUCGUGCAGUCCCUACAGCACGGCCACGGGGGCUGGACUGAGGGCAUGUUCGAGUGUUUGGGCACUACGGGAACGGUAGUCGGCAUUGACGAGGACCACGACAUAGUGGUGCUCUACCCGAGCACUAAUAAGUGGACAUUCAAUCCGGCGGUGCUCACGAGAGUGGGCUCCAACACCAACGGCCACACGAACCCCAACAUAAACAUAGCGUCGGGUUUGUCGUCGAGUGUGUCGAACGGUAUGGUCGCCGGCACGUCAGGCACUGUCGCACUGGAAGGUGCGACCGCUUCCGGCGGCAUCGCCUCUAACAUACAGUUCUCUGUCGGAGAUUUGGUUCAGAUUUGUUCAGAUCUCGAAAGGAUUAGAAUCUUACAAAGAGGUCACGGAGAGUUCGCCGAAGCCAUGGCGCCGACAUUAGGCAAAAUCGGGAGAGUGCUGCAGAUAUACCACGACAACGACCUGAAAGUGGACGUAUGCGGCACCGCCUGGACCUACAACCCGGCCGCUGUGGUCAAGGUGUCCAACGACGGCUCUACCGGUGCGGUGAACGCGUCGGGCGAUGGGCUCAGCACUCGAUUGAAGAAACUGUUUGAGUCGCACGUGUCGGGCGAUCCCAACGAGGAGCUGGUGAAGGCGGCGGCCAAUGGGGAUGUCGUUAAGUGCGAGGAGAUUGUCAAACGAGUGGAAGUGGAUGUGAACGGCGUGUUCGCGAGCCAUACGGCCCUUCAAGCGGCCUCACAGAACGGUCACAUCGAAGUGAUUAAGACACUGCUGAGGAAUAACGCAAAUGUGGAGAUCGAGGACAGGGAUGGCGACCGGGCUGUCCAUCACGCGGCCUUUGGCGACGAGCCGGGCGUUAUCACGGCGUUGGCCCAGUCGGGCGCCGACCUAAACGCCAGGAAUAAGCGCCGACAGACUCCACUGCAUAUCGCUGUAAACAAAGGUCACGUACACGUGGUUAAGACGCUACUAGAGCUGGGAUGUCAUGCGAGCCUUCAGGACUGUGAGGGCGAUACGCCGAUCCACGACUCGAUCAGCAAAAAACGGGACGAUAUGCUGGCGCUGCUGUUGGACCACAGCGCCGACAUCACGUUAGCCAACAAUAAUGGCUUCAACGCCUUGCAUCACGCGGCACUCCGUGGUAAUCCCAGUGCCAUGAGAAUCCUGUUAACAAAGUUGGCGCGGACUUGGAUUGUGGACGAGAAGAAGGACGACGGCUACACAGCCCUCCAUUUGGCGUCGCUCAACAAUCACGUGGAAGUGGCCGAACUACUGGUGCAACAGGGGAAGGCCAAUAUGGACCUCCAGAAUGUCAACCUCCAGACGCCCCUACAUCUGGCCGUCGAGCGCCAGCACACACAGAUAGUCAGACUACUGGUGCGCGAGGGAUGCAAUCUGAAUAUACCGGAUAAAGAUGGCGAUACACCACUGCACGAGGCAUUAAGACAUCACACGUUAUCUCAAUUAAGGCAACUGCAGGACAUGCAGGACGUCGGAAAGCUAUUGAUGGGAUUGGGAUCCCAGGGCUCGGAGAAGAAGAGCUCGGCAUCGAUCGCCUGCUUUCUGGUGUCAAACGGCGCCGAUCUGAAUGUGAUGAACAAGAAGAAUCAGACGCCACUGGAUCUCUGUCCCGAUCCCAACCUCUGCAACACUUUGAAUAAAUGCCAUAAAGAGAGGCUUUGUGGUGGUCAACCGCCGGCUUCUCCCGUGUCCGUGAGCUCGCAGACAGAACAGGAGACUCUCGAGGAAUGUAUGGUCUGUUCGGACAAUAAGAGGGAUACACUGUUUGGUCCGUGCGGUCAUGUGGCGACGUGUGCUAUAUGUGCGCCCCGGUAUGUCUUCAUUUGUUACAGUUAUUACUUGUCUCUAUGUUUCUAUUAG